UCCCUUUUGAGGACCUGCUGGCGAGGAGAACCCGCAGACGGCUACAGACCCCGGCAACGCUCAGCCUCCAGACAGACCAGCAACAAGUGUCAGAUCAGCCAGUGGGAGGACCCCUGACCAUCUUCAUCUGCUGAAGUCUCCAACAACAUUACAGGCUGAGAACUGCCCCCAGGGGCCCAAGGGAGAGCCAGGGGACCUCAUCUGGAAAUAACAUUGACAAGAGUUCAAGCUCGUCUGACAGAAACAGCCGCUUUGUCUCACAUCAUUCCACUUAAUCAUUUUGAGUGGAAAAUGAUGGAAGAUCACCUGUCAAAGAUCCCCAUGAUGGCCUCGUCGUCUCCCACCGAGUCGUCUGGCAGCAGCGGGGCUGAAGACAGCAGAGGAGCCAAGAGUCCAGGCCCGGGAAAGGCUCUGAGCCCAGCUCUGGUCUGCAAAGUGUGCGGAGACACCAGCAGCGGGAAACACUACGGCAUCUACGCCUGCAAUGGUUGCAGCGGCUUCUUCAAGAGGAGCGUGAGGAGGAGGCUCAUCUACAGGUGCCAGGCAGGUACCGGCAUGUGUCCAGUGGACAAAGCCCACCGGAACCAGUGUCAGGCGUGUCGGCUGAAGAAGUGCCUGCAGGCCGGCAUGAACAAAGACGCCGUGCAGAAUGAGCGGCAGCCCCGCAGCACCGCCCAGGUCCGCCUGGACUCCAUCGAUGUGGACCCGGAGAAGGAGCACCUGGCCACCACAAGAGAACCUGCAUCCUCGUCCUCCUCUUCCUCCUCCUCCUCCAGCGGUUCUGUCAUCACAUGGCCCCACAUCACUUCCUCCAUGGCCAUCACGUCCUCCGUCACCCCCCAGCGCUGCGUCAGUCCUCAGAACAACCACCGCUUCAUGGCCAGCCUCAUGACGGCUGAGACCUGUGCCAAGCUGGAGCCUGAAGACGUGGAUGAAAACAUUGAUGUGACGAGCAACGAGCCGGAGAGAGCGUCAUCAGAGUACCACAUGGCUCUGUACCCCUCCAGCUCAGAAAACGUCUACGAGACCUCAGCCAGGCUGCUCUUCAUGUCCGUCAAGUGGGCCAAAAACCUGCCGGUCUUCUCCAACCUGCCCUUCAGAGACCAGGUGAUCCUGUUGGAGGAGGCGUGGAGCGAGCUCUUCCUGCUCUGUGCCAUCCAGUGGUCGCUGCCGCUGGACAGCUGCCCGCUGCUGUCCCUGCCCGACCUCUGCCCCGGCAUGCAGGGCAAGACCAGCUACACCGGUCUGGACCUGCGGCUCCUGCAGGAGGCCUUCAGCCGCUUCAAGGCCCUCGCCGUGGAUCCCACAGAGUUUGCCUGUCUCAAGGCCAUUGUGCUUUUUAAACCAGAGACUCGAGGUUUGAAGGAUCCAGAACAAGUGGAGAACCUCCAGGAUCAGUCUCAAGUCAUGCUGGGACAACACAUCCGCUCCCACUACCCCAGCCAACCAGCCCGGUUUGGAAAGCUGCUGCUUCUUCUCCCCUCGCUGCGCUUUGUGAACUCGGAGCGGAUCGAGUUGCUGUUCUUCCACAGGACCAUUGGAAACACUCCCAUGGAGAAGCUGCUGUGCGACAUGUUCAAGAACUGAAUUCUGUGUGCAGGUCUCAGUGGGACUCAGAGCGAUAACAUGUGACGGAUGUUUGCUUCCUUCUCUGCAUUCAUGUCAGAGAGCUGCAUCUUGGGAUUUUUGUAAAAACCCUUUGAUUGAUUUCUUGCUGCUUCCUCGUCUGCUGUUGCUGAACCAUAAAAACCGUCCAGUUCCUGUUGAAAUGUUUGCUGUCUGUUUCAAUUGUAUUUAUUUCUCUGCUGACGUCCUUUCAGCCUGUAGUAUUUUGUCUUUGCUGUUUCAUUAUCGGUGUUCCAGUGCUGAUGUCGGUUGGUAGAUGGAUUGUCUGCUACUUCUGUCAAUAAAGUGACUUAAGUUUUGCCUUUUUAAAGUAAAACGUGUUGAAACAGA